UGUACACUUAACUUCCGUUGAAAUUUUGCAAGUUGGGCCGGUUCAAGACAGGUGUAGUUGAUCAAAAUAAAGUUAAGAUGGAGAGACUUUUACGACUAGGAGGAGGGAUGCCAGGUCUUGGACAGGGAGCUCCUCCUACAGACGCCCCAGCAGUAGACACAGCAGAGCAGGUGUAUAUAUCAUCAUUGGCACUACUCAAGAUGCUAAAGCAUGGUCGAGCUGGUGUUCCAAUGGAAGUCAUGGGACUGAUGCUUGGGGAGUUUGUAGAUGACUACACAGUCCGUGUCAUAGAUGUGUUUGCCAUGCCUCAGUCAGGAACAGGAGUGAGUGUUGAAGCAGUAGAUCCAGUAUUCCAGGCAAAGAUGUUGGACAUGCUGAAACAGACUGGCAGACCUGAGAUGGUGGUAGGCUGGUAUCACUCCCAUCCAGGAUUUGGCUGCUGGCUAUCUGGUGUUGAUAUUAACACUCAGCAGAGCUUUGAGGCCCUGUCAGAACGGGCUGUGGCUGUUGUUGUUGAUCCAAUUCAGAGUGUCAAAGGAAAGGUGGUGAUAGAUGCUUUCCGUCUCAUCAAUCCAAACAUGAUGGUAUUAGGUCAGGAACCACGACAAACAACAUCAAAUCUGGGACAUCUUCAUAAACCCUCAAUACAGGCGUUGAUACAUGGACUCAACAGACAUUAUUACUCCAUUGCCAUCAACUACAGGAAAAAUGAACUGGAACAGAAGAUGCUGCUUAACUUACACAAGAAGAGUUGGGUGGAUGGUCUGUCUCUCCAAGACUACAACACACACUGUACAAACAAUGAGAACACAGUCAAGGAAAUGUUAGAACUGGCCAAAAACUACCACAAGGCUCUGGAGGAAGAGGAAAACAUGACCCAGGAACAACUUGCUAUCAAGAAUGUCGGCAAACUGGACCCCAAGCGCCAUCUGGAGGAGCAUGUGGAUGUUCUGAUGACAACCAAUAUUGUACAGUGUUUAGGAGCCAUGCUUCAUACAGUUGUGUUCAAGUGAUGUCACCUUGUAUGAGUACGUGUUUAUCUGAUGUUGUGACUGAAGACAUUAAAAAUUGGUGAGGGACGGAACAUUUUAAGUGCUAUCGAAUCCAUCACAUCAAGGAAGACCAUUUCAACUGAAGUAAGGUGCUGUCCUUUCACAAAUCCGAAUUUAUCUGGGAAAGUCCCAACAGAUCUGGCUAGACUUACACAAGUCUAUGUUCCUGUCUUCACCAACACUGUCAGUCGUACUUGUAACAAUGUUCUCAUAUGAUAAUUAAGAUCUUGACCAUAUUGUGAAGCAGAGCUGAUGGACUCAUUUAUGUAAUGUUAAAAAAAAAACAUUAUUCAUCUUUUUCAGCUUUGUACUGUAUUAGAGUGAAAUUAUUUAUGAAUAUUUUACCAUGGAUGGAAGACUCACCGUUCUCAAAACUUCCAACUGUCUUCAUCAGAACAACUGACAUAACUGUAUCAAGUCUACAACUGUGGUAAUAUCAUAAUACAAUCUUAAUAAUAAAAUCUCAAGUUAUUUCUU